AGUUACAUGUUUCGCGUUAUCGAGAUCAACAUGUUUUCAAAACUAUUUCUAAUUUGUGCAUUUGCUCUUGCAGUAACUUCGCAGGAGCGACUAAAAGUCACUUUAUUUUAUGAAGGGCUUUGUCCUUACUGCCACGAUUUCAUAAUUCAACAACUUUAUCCAGGUUUUAAGAAACUAGGAAAUGCUUUGGAUGUAGAUCUAGUAUCAGUGCAACAUCCGAAAAACAAUGGCAGUAAAAUUGAGUGGACUUGUCAACAUGGUCCAAUAGAAUGUUACAUAAACAAAGUCAGUGCUUGUGCCAUUCAUGUAAGCGACACUCAGUCAAAGAUGAUGGAAUAUAUAAAUUGUUUCUUGAGCGAUUUCGAUGACGAUAAAAGCAAGGAAUAUGAGGAAGAACUUGCCAAGAAUUGCUCCGCAGGGAACGGCCUUUCAUGGGAUAAUAUAAACUCUUGCCUCGAUAAAGAUGUCGAUAAUAUAUUAUUGGCUUAUGAACAACGAAAAACAAAAGUACAACCACCACUUGAAUACGUUCCUGCCAUACUAUUUAAUGAUAAACACGAUAUAGAUAUCGAAUUUGCAGCGAGGGAUGAUUUCCUGGCAACAGCAUGUCGACUGUUCAAAACCAAACCAAAAGCUUGCUUAAAAACCUUCUUGAAAAACUAGGAAAGUAAGAAAUGCUAUCCCCAAUAAGAAUGAUAUGUUUUUAAAUAAAAAUUAAACACCAAUAAAAUAGUA